AUGGCAGCCGGCAACUUCUCGCUGCCCCCGGGCCAGCACCCUUACUACCCCAUUGAGAAGGAGAUUGUGGGCUAUCUGGCCAACGAGCUGGGCACGCUGGACCUGCUGCUCAUGUUCGCUGCCGGCUGCGUCGCCAUCUUCAGUGUCACGUACGUGAUGGUCAAGCGCCUGCGCCCCAAUGCCAGCACCGGCGACCUCUCCACCAUCAUGUGGUUUGUGCUGUGCGGCUGCAUCCACUCGUUCUUCGAGGGCUACUUCGCCUACAACUUUAGGAAUAUGGGCGGACUGAACGACCUCUUUGGCCAGCUGUGGAAGGAGUACGCGCUCAGCGACUCGCGUUACCUGACCCAGGACGCCUUCGUUUUGUGCAUGGAGACCGUCACCGCUGUAUUCUGGGGCCCCGGUUCCUUCCUCUGCGCCUACCUCAUCGCCAUCGACCACCCGCUCCGCUACUCGGCCCAACUCAUCGUCUCGCUCGGCCAGUUCUACGGCGACGUACUGUACUAUGCUACCUCGCUUUUCGACCACUACAUCCUCAACCUGUCGUACUCGCGUCCUGAGCAGUUCUACUACUGGGGAUACUUUGUCCUGAUGAACGCUUUCUGGAUCGUGAUCCCAGGAUACCUCAUGUAUCAGAGUGUCAUGGCCACGUGGAGCGCGUUUGCGGCUGUCAACGACGCGGCAAAGCUCGUUGAGAAGAUCGGCAAGAAGCGCAACUAG